ACAAGUAAAAAGCCUUAAUUUUCAUUAAAAAAAAAAAAAAAAGAAAAAGAAGGUUUUUUUUUCCAUUUAAAUCAACAACGAGCAGUGUGGCGUGUGUGUUUCUUACGUGCAAUUCAGUGUAACUUAACUCUACCUUUUCAAAAAAAAAAAAAAAAAAAAAAAAAAAUUUACCAUAACCUCUUUUCUUUCAUAUUAUUUCCGUUCGUCGUACGAUUUGUGUCUUCGAUAAUUACGAUUAUCGUUAAUCAAAUCAAAUCGAAUUAAAAACAAUAGAUAAUUAUCAAUUUAACUUUGUUUUUCCAUCCCUGUUCCGUUCGUUUGUUCGUUCAAUUAAUUCGUUCGUUCUUAAUCGCGGUGUUAACGAAAACGUGCGUUCGUUCGUGCGUGCGUGCGUUCGUGCGUUCGUGCAUUCCUAUUUGUUUGGCCGGUGUGUUGAUUUUCUGUCAUGUUAUUUUUUGCCUAACGAUAUUUACAACAACGACAAACGUGAUAUUUCAAAAAUAAUAAUAAUAAUAAUAAUCAUUUCCUCGUGGUCAAAGUGAUUUUAAUAAUAUUAACAACGGACAAUAUUUCAUUGACCGGUUUUUUAAUCCGAUAACGUCAAACAAUAAUAAUAAUAAUAAUAAUAAUUAAAAUAAUAUAAUAAAAGUAUAGAGAAAAGAAAAAUAAAGAAAAAUGGAAGACAACAGAAGUAAAAUUUUGUUCAACCGUGCGGAAUCAAACAUCAUUCUGUAUUUCUUGACAAUGAUCAUCGGCAGUAUCAUCAUUUUUCUUGGUUAUAUUCUCAGCCGGUAUGCCAGACAUCGUAAUGAACUGGAUUCAACAAAAGAUCCUUAUAAUGAAAACAUCCGUGAAGAUGUUAAUACACUUGAUGGACCUUCGACGUCUGCCAACAAUAUCAACAAGCGUAUGAAAAGUAAAAAGCGUCGUGAGGUUCAACAAGAAUUUUCUCAUUCAUGGCUUUCUGGUACUUUAAAGGGCCAUACCAGUAACGUCUUUAAUAUGAGCUUUUCCAGCAACGGCAAACAUCUUGCAUCCUGUGCUGAAGAUCAUUAUAAGCGGCCACAUGGGAUACCGAUGGCGAUGAUGACUCCUAAGGUAACACCGACAACGAGAACAAUGUCGAGAUUACCAAUCUCACAUUUAUGCCCGCUUCUAACUAAUCAACGUUAUGUAAGCUUACCAUCAUAUGUACCACCACCACCACCAGCACAACGAAUCAACAGAUGCAGUAACGUACCAAAAAAUAAGGGAUAUCAGACAUCGAUGGGUUAUCAACAUCAACUACAACAACAACAAUAUUAUAGUCGAUCAUAUUAUCAGAAGAAACGUGAUCAACAAUAUUAUCAACAGCAGCGAGAACAACAAUAUUAUCAACAAGAACAGAAAUAUAAUCAAGAAGAAGAACCAGAAGAAGAAGAAGAAGGAAAAGUACAAGAAGACCAAGAGCAAGAACAGACACCGUUGUCUUCUUCAACAAGUACAGAACUAAGUACUUCAAAGAAUUUGAAAAGAAAGUCUGCUAGUCCUUUAUGGAUACCACCACCACAACAACCAACAACAAUAAAACCUACCAGUAAUAAUAAUUCUGAAUUGAAAGAUGACUCAGUAUACAUACCGGAAUAUAAACAAAACGUAUGUAAUUUAAACCAUUAUCAGCAAGUAGCAAGAAAUAUAUAUUUCCAUCAAGUGUACAUGCAAUUAAUGUCAAUAGAGCAAUUGUUCAUAUCUGGUCGACCAAUUAUAAGUCUGAGAAGUGACGUUUUACCAAAUUUUCGUUAUAUAGAAUUGGCCAAACAAUUGGCACAACAAUUGGCGGAACAAUUGGAAGUGGGAAAAUUAACGACCGAACAAUUGACAGCACAAUUGGGUGAGAUCAAUGCAGGAGUUGUCGAAGAUACUUCUUUGUACAAGAAUGCAGUAUUACCCUAUUGGAUGGAGGGUAGAUAUCCAAGCAAAGAGACGUAUGGUUUUGUUGAAACCAAACGGAAUGAGUUUAUCAUCAACGAUACCAUAUUGGAAUAUGUAUUGCGUACUUAUGUGCAUCAUCCUCUUUAUUUGAUAGAAGCUGGUUAUCCAUGCGCAUUAAAUUUUGAUGCUAGAUUCAAGCAAUUCAUCAAUAACCUACAUAAACCGUUUAAGCCGAAAAAUAAAUUUAACAUGAUACAAUCGGUUAAUAAUGUCAAUACCGUUGCUAAUAACAAUUCUGAAUCUGACACUACCGAUAACGAUGAACAACUGAGUCGUGAUUGUGUUAGAUCAUCGUCAUUUACUUCAUCGUCUAGAAAAGAUUAUAUUAAUGAAACAACAACUAGACAAAGAAGUAGUUCGAUAUCAAAUAUGGUUGAAUUUGAUACUAUUGAAACGAGAUGUUCAAUGUGCCUUAAAGGUUUUUACCUGUACCGUGCUAAUGGUGACUUGGAUAAGACAGAAGUAUGCAUUCAUCAUCCAGGUGAAUUAAUAUUCCAUAACAGAGACAAGGUUAAGACUUGGACCUGCUGCAAGAAUCGUGCUAGUGUAUUGGGUUGUAAGACUGAGACCUCUCAUGUGUGGAAAAGCUAUAAGAAAAAUUUUACAAGCUCACAAAUUGAUUAUGUACGCACCAAACCUUCUGAAGUACAAUCUGAGAACCGUAUCUAUGGUAUCUAUGGAAUUGACUGUGAAAUGGUUACAACAGAAAAAGGAUUAGAACUGGCCAGAGUUAGUCUGGUUAAUAUACAUGGACAUGUAGUCUAUAAUGAAUAUGUCAUACCAAGUUGCAAAGUUAUUGAUCAUAAUACCAGAUUUAGUGGCAUUACACCUGAUGAUUUAUCAAAAGCUACUAAAACUCUUAAAGUUGUUCAACAAGAUUUAUUGGGAUUUAUCAAAGCUGAGACUAUACUCAUUGGCCACGCACUUGAAAAUGACCUUAAAGUCUUACGUAUGAUCCAUUACACUUGCAUUGAUACUGCAUUAUUAUUCAAGCAUCCUGAUGACUUGCCAUUCAGACAUAGUCUCAGAGUAUUGAGCAAAUCUUAUUUAAAUAGAAUCAUACAGAAUGGUUCCCACAAUUCUGUUGAAGACACCUUAUCAGCGCUGGAUUUAGUUUUAUACAAAUUAAGAACUGAUGGAUUCUGAAUCAUCUUCAUUUCCAUCCCCCAAUAUCCCAGUUAGAUUUAUAUUGUGAAAA